UCGCGAAUAUCUGCCGGUGCCGGGUAAUGCCGUUGUCCACCCGCUACUGAGCAACGUGUUAUCCGUUCGCUUCGUGCAGUGUUUACCUAAAUACCAAUGAUGGUGAGACGCAGCGGACGAUACACUGUCAACUGGCGAGGAUUUAAGGAUUUCGCAUUUGGGAAUAAACCUCCUGACGAAGAAAAGGAGGAACAAAAGCCUGAAGAGGACCUAAACAAUCAUGAAGUUAUAUUUUUAAGGGGUAUCGUCGAAAGUCCGGAUUUUGCAAGAAAAUGUGAGUCUAUCGACUCGGAGGAGGACUUGAUCGUAAAACCAGUCUCGUUGGGCAACGUAAACAUAAUACGUUCGUUAAGCGAGUACCGUGGCAACAACAUACGGACUAUUGAACAAGCCGAACUCGCUAUUAUUGUGUCCAGGGCACACUUUAAGGCUUUAAUAGAUGCUCAUGAUCAAAUAGGUGCAAUUUGGGUUGACAGAGGAUCUGGUAUUGAUGAAAAGCCUCCAGAACCAGACUUAGAGACUAGCAAAGAGUCUGCUGAAGGCACGGAAGCCAGUACUGACGAAAACGGAGACAUGCCAGUUGAGACUGUUAAAGUAGUAGGGCUAAGGAAAGUGCCUGGACAGCCUUUAGGAUUAACUGUAACUACAGAUGAGCAUGGGCAGCUCAUAGUAGCUAGGAUAUUAGCGGGAAGUGCUGCUGCGAAGCAAGCAUUAGUCUCUGUAGGAGAUGUAUUGCUGGAGGUUGAUGGAACCCAUAUAGACUCUGAAGACCAGCUCAAGGAAGCCGUAGCCAAGCCCAAUGAUAGAAUCACACUUAAAGUGGGACCUAACCUUAAGGAGAAAUCUGCUCAGUUAACAAAUAAGUUAAGUUGCUACAUGAGAGCAUUAUUUGACUAUGAUCCAAAAGAAGACACAUUACUGCCAUGCAAGGAGAUUGGUCUAGAGUUUAAGAGGGGAGAUAUCUUACAGGUAUCAGAUAGAAAAGACCCUAAUUGGUGGCAAGCAAGCCAUGUUGAGAACCCUGAUGUUGUCGGAUUGAUUCCAUCACCGGAGUUAGAAGAGAGGCGCAAGGCCUAUGUGCCACCUGAAGCUGAUUUCGUGCACAAAAUCAGUAUUUGUGGUGCUCGGAUAUCAAAAAAGAAAAAGAAGUUUGUCUACGAGUCUCGUUCAAGCGUGACGCUAGAGGGCGCUGAGCUGGCUCUGUACGAGGAGGUGGCUCGCACGCCACCCUUCCUGCGUCGUGUGCUAGCACUAGUGGGGACCCGCGGCGUCGGCCGCCGGACCAUCAAGAACCGUAUGAUACAAGAACACCCAGACCGUUUCGGGGCUGUUGUGCCGCACACGUCCCGCCCCCCUCGCCCUAUGGAGGAGAACGGCCAGUCCUACUGGUUCGUGUCGCGCGAGGAGAUGGAGCGCGACGCUCACGCCGGACGCUUCCUGGAGUACGGCGAGCACAACGGACACCUGUACGGGACGCAUCUGGACUCCAUCCGCGGCGUUAUGAAGGAAGGUAAAAUGUGCAUCUUGGACUGCGCACCGCAAUCUCUGAAACUGCUGCACAACAGCGGCGAAUUCUUGCCAUUCGUAGUGAUGAUCGGAGCACCGGGGAUCGAACAGCUGAGGAACCUCACAUAUGCAUCCAAUCGUAACUUAACGUUCGACCGGCAGAGCUCCAUCCGCUACAGUUCGCGGCGCGCGCGCACCCUCGAGUCACUUGCGUCGCUCUAUGAGGAGGAAGACAUGAAACAAACAUUAGAAGACAGCGCCCGUAUUCAGCGACAGCAUGAAAAGUACAUUGACCUCGUCAUCACGAACAACAACACCGACACCACUUACUCCAAGAUCAUGGACGCGUUGCACUCCCUCUCCACCGACCACCAGUGGGUCCCAGUCAGCUGGAUUUACUAGCAUACAGCCAACACACCCCGCUAAAGCGUAAUUCGCUUACAGCAACGCCAGCGCCACUAUAAUAUUCAUAAUACAAGCGUCUUCCCGCACUGAUAUAGAAUUUAGCAAGUAUUCUACAUAUCUAAGCUUUUCACACAAAGGUAAAAUAUACCUGAGAAAGAAAAGUACGAUAUACAGAAGUAUUUUAAUAAUAGAAUUAAAAUCAUUUGCCUUUUAUCAUUUACAUCACUAUUGGAUAAAGCAUUUAACGCCUAAUGAUCGCUCGAAUCCGAUUUAAUAAUUUUGUACCUUAUAUAAGACAUCACACGGUUGAAUUUAAAUUUUAUAUAUCGAAUAUUAAUUAAGACUUGAAUGUGAAGUGCGGGCGUAACGUGUAGUGGAAUAUGUUGAAACGAUGUGCCACGUGAUCUUGGAACCGAGGUCGCAAUUUAUAUAAAAAGGCAUUCCAGUUACUGUAAAGGUUUCGCUACCAUCGGUAUUCCUUGGUUGACAAAUCCCUGGGAUUUAUAAAAAAAAAUGAUCACAUGAAGUUCUUUCUUUCAAUUUUACUUUUUAUUCUAGAUUUAAGUUUGGCACUUGAAAUCGGACAGUAUUGUUUGUUUUACGGUUCAUAAUAUUCCCACCUAAGUAUUGAGUAAACUCGAAUUAUUGUGCAGCUAUAUGGCCUAAAUUGUAAGUAUUAAUAAUGUGUACGACCUCAAAUCAGCGACAUUGAACACAUCUCGCUUAGGUAGUAUUGUUUAUUUAGGGUACAUAGAUGCGUUCGUUUAUACCACUGCCGAUAAAAAAAUAUUAAAAUAUAAUAAUUAUACUUAUGUUCAAUUAUUUUAGUAUUAAAAAACUACAUCACAUGAAUCAAAUCACAGAAAGUAAUGUAUUUUAUUAUGCAAUAAAUUUUACAGAUUCUGUUGCUAUUUUUUUACAAACAGACUUUUAUAUUCACUAGUGAAAUUGUAGUAAAGUAGUUUUAUUAUUAAGAAAACACGAAAUCUGCAUAAGUUUAUACAACAAAUCGAUUUAGUAUGACUUAGUUUUUAAGAAUGUAUUAUAUAUACACAACUCGUCACUUGUAAUAAGAACUCUGGGAGGUUUACUUACGCAGUGCGUGAAUUAUGAUAGAAAAUAAGUUCUACGAUACGAUGACUCAAAAUAUAAUUGGCGGCAAUUUACUAACAGUUGUCAUUUUGCUGUCAUUAUUGAUCAUAAUAUUCAUUACAGUUAACGCCGCGCGUGAAUUCUUGUUGAAUAACACCUCGGGGUUCUUUUUACCUGCGCCAGGGUGUACUUUUUCAAGUUAGGAUGUGUAUGUUUGUAUAUUUCUGUGAAGUAAAACAAGACAUAACUGGUACAGAAGUGUAAGUUAGUGUUAUGUUAGUGUCGAUGGCAUGAUCUUGCUUUCUGUAUCGUAUCACUUAUUUAAGCUACAUUUAAUUUACAUUGUGAACCUAGCUUGUACUUCAUUAUGAAUCUCACAUUCCGUCCAUUUUAUUUCGUUGUUUAGCUAUAAAUUUUAUUGUGUCAAGAUUUAUUCAAUAUACAUUAUGUAACUACA